AUUUUGUGUCAUAUAGAAUCAAGUUCGCCAACAAGGCUUGUAACAAGGACAACUCUACAGUGUUAGUGCGAUAUUAUAGAAAAUCAAAUCAUGGCAUCUUCCUUUACAAGCCGGAUGCCGUCUGAAGAUUUCGAAGUAAUGCAAACCUGUUACGAUUACUUGCUUGAAAAUAUCGGGAACCCCGAGACAUUAGUCGACUACCUGUUCUCAAAGAUGGUUCUUACUUUAGACACAAAAUUCGCUGUCUUAAAUGAACCACUGUAUACACCAAGAGUACGAAAACUUCUAGAUAUAAUUAUGAACCAGUCUGGUGAUUGCUACACGAUAUUUAUAGAUGCUUUAAUGGAAAAGGGGUUUACUAUACUUGCCGAUCAAUUAGGGAUUGUAAAAAGCGAGCUGGGGAUUAAAAGGAGUAAAAAUCAUCAAGUGAAGAGUACGAAAGAUAACCCGGAAGAAGAACUAACAAAACAUGAUAUCACAUCACAGAAUACCACUCCAUCUGAAAACAAAAUAGAUGUUUCCAUGAAUGAAUCUCCACUAGAUCAUUCUGCAUACGGUGAUAAUAUAGACGGUGUCAAGGUAAUUCUAAGCCAAAGUUGCGAAAACAUUUAUUUAACGGAUGGGGAUGGUGACACUCCCAUAGAAAAGGCCUGUCUUUCAGAAUUUAAUGGUAUAGAUAAAUUAAAAUCUAUUGUGUCUAAAGGAUAUUCCAAACUUAACGCCCUUGUUAAAAUCUGUCAGUCAGCACCAAAUGAUUUAAUAAGAUUGAUCUUUGAUAAAAUGGUUUAUGAUAAAAUGGACGAAUCUGAUCAGGGUGGUAUUAUCGAAAUUAGACAACUUUUAUUACAAGGCGGCUCAUUAGAUGUCCCGACAAAAAACAACAAAACACUGUUACAUUAUGCCUGUGAAUACAGCACGUUAGCUGCAGUGAGUUAUUUAAUAGAUAAUAGCUGUAACCUUAACAGUGAGGAUAGUUGGAAUAGAACGCCGUUGUUCUCGUGCUGUUACACCACUGCAAAUAGUGUUGAAAAGAUUGCGUUAUUGGUUAGCAGUGGUGCCAGGUUAGAUGUUACAGAUAAAGACAGUGCCAGAUUACUACAUUAUUCAUGCGCAUUUAGCAGUUAUGAGACGGUCAAAUAUCUUAUUGAUAAUGGUUGUAAUGUUAACAGCGUAGGUGGAAAAUAUAACAGAACGCCCCUAUUCUAUUGUUGUGUGAGGGACGCACCACAAGCCGUUGCUAAAAUACAACUGUUAAUGGAUAGUGGUGCAAAGUUAGACGUACGAGAUUUAUCAAACCAAACAGUACUACACAAAGCAUGUCAAUGUAGUACUGUACAAGUGGUCAAAUAUCUCCUCGAUAAUGACCACAGUAUUAACUGUGUGGACAGAUAUAAUAGAACCCCACUCUUCUUUUGUUGUGAUGUCGAUGUUCUACAAGCUAUGGACAAAAUACAGCUUCUGGUAGCGUGUGGCGCAAGACUAGAUGUCAGGGAUACGGAUAACUUUACGCUUUUACAUAUUUCGUGCCAGUGCAGCUCUUUGGAUGUAGUCAAAUACUUAGUAGAUAAAAACUGCAAUGUUAAUUGUGAAGCUAUAAAUAAAACAACGCUAUUCUUCAGUUGCUGUAUUUCAGACGCACAACGUUUAGAUAAAAUUAAACUCUUAUUGUCGAAGAAUUGUAAUUUCGAGAGCAGGGAUAAAGAAGAAUGUAUUAUUGAAGCUGAUAAACGCGGUUAUCAUGAAACUGUUGAUUUCUUAAAAUCAGUCACGAUUAAAAAGUGGUAUCAAAUAAUGUAACAAGGUUGAUUAAAUAAUAAGUUUUAAAUCUUCAA